AUGGGAUGCUGCUCUGGAAGAGUAUUUUCUACUUACUCUUCCUCUACAAGUUAAGAAUAAACGACUGGAAAGAGAUUUUAUUUUAUAGGGAAAAUUCUCUAUGAGCGGCUAAAAUUUUUAUUAUUAUAAUGGCUCUUUAUAAGAAUAUUUUGAUAUAUGAACAAUGAUUAUUAAAAUGAAAUCUCUAGCUAAUUCUAUAAAAUUUUAAGCAGCCUGCAUUCUCAAACAUAAAUUUCGUAAAUUACAUUAAUUUUCACUCUCAAAUAUUUGCAAUGGGACUUUUAAAUAAUCCCCUCUAUUCAGCAAGCAAAGAAAUUUAAUUAACUCACUAGAGAGAAUUUAGAUACAAAAGCCGAUGGAAGAUCCUAACUUAAUAAAAAUAAAGCAAGGCCACGAAAUAGUCGAUAAAACUUAUUUUUCAAGUGUUGCCAGUAAUUAUAUCAGCAACAAAAAUAACUACUAUCGAAAAAACUUUAAUGUUGCAUCAGUAGACAGCAAGCAUUUAAAUCAAGAACUAGAGUAAAAUUCAACUUAGAGAGCUUAGUUUUAUAAGGUCAAACGUCAACCUAGAAAAGCUCUUACUUUCCCCCCUUUAAAUUGGAACAAAAAAUCACUAAAUUUUCUAUUUUUUGAGUAUAAACAGAAUUGAUUAAUUUUUUUGAAGUAAUUUUUUUUAUAUAAAAAAAAAUGCAUUCAAUUUAAAUUUUAUUAUAUAUUGAAAAAAAACUCUUUAAAUCGGAGCAAAAUUUAUGGGGAGAGUUAAAGCUUUUAUCGUCAAACACCAAAAUAACGAUGGAUGAAGAUGUUGUUUUACACUCUUGGGCUGAAAACCCAAAAACAAUAGGGACACUUGCAACAAUUCAAUUAGGAAUUUUCGCAUCAGACAAGGACAUCUCUCAUGAAUCAUCCUUUACAGACGCAAUCUUAAAAACGGGAAUUGUCGAUAAGUUGCUUGAAUUUAUAAACAGCCAGGAAAGAGACAAAUUUGAAGCAGCUGUGCUUGCCAUUAGUUUUCUAUCUGAAAACAAUGCAGAUAUUGUUGAAACUUUAAUCAAGAAAAAUGCUUUGCCUGCAUUGAUAAGGCAUAUGAGGGAUCCAAAAGAAGGCCUUAAAGGAACAGCAGCGUUAUGCUGCAGGAAUUUAUAUGUUGCAAGGCCUAGUGUCCAGCAAGAGUUCAUCCAAGAGCAAGGGAGCGGCCUUUUAAUCAAAUUGCUACGAUCAGAGAUCUUAAAUUAUCAUUAUUAUGUAAGAAAACCUUUUACCCUAAUGCUUCUAAAAAAGCCUCAUUUUCGAUGGACGUUUUUCUGUGUAUGGCAAAUAUUUGCCAUCCCAAAAAAUCGUCCAUUUCAUAUAGACCCAACUAAUAUUUUCAUGCUUAUUCCCUGGAUGCUUUUUACCUCUCGUUAAAAUUUAGGCAAGAGAAAGUUGACUGCUAUAUCACAGGUAGCCAGUAAACUAGUAUUUACUUAUAAGGGCCAAAUCUGACCUUUGAGAAUCGCCCUUAUGGACGUGCUAUUUCACAGGUAUGAUAAAAAAAGUUUACAGUUCAAGAACUGCUUCCCACUAACUCAAGAAAAAGACAAGCCAUUUCAUUUGUGCCUUACUAUCAGAAGACAGUGUCACAGUUUUUGAAACGAUAUUGAAUCUUUUAGAUCUAAUUUUAGACGACGAAGACACCAUCCAACAAGACGUCAAGCAACACCUACAAAGUUUCGACAUCGUCGACGAGCUAGACCGAAUUAUCUUUGUAAACUCUACACAGGACACAUCAAGAUACGAGCAAGACACAAUAAAUGAAGCUGUCAAGCUUAAAAUGCUAUUUAAUUAA